AUGGGGCAUUAUUAUGAUCAUCUUCUACAAGGGUUCUUUCCUUCCUUCCUUCUUUUUGACUCGAAACCUAUACCUUUAUCAAGAAACCCUCUUGCAAACCCACAAGAACGUGAAGGUGGAGAGGAUGACAUUCUUGACAGAAAUAAGAAAACACCCAUAAGUCUGUUUCCACCAUUUUUGCAGAUUCUCAAUUUCUUCGAGGACAAGCGUUUCAGUGAUUCAGUGAAGUUGCCACAUAUUCCCCGCCCUAAAAUGAAAGUCUGCAUGCUUGGAGAUGCUCAGCAUGUUGAGAAGAAGAUCGAUCUUGAGUACAUGGAUGUUGAAGGUCUUAAGAAGCUUAACCAGAACAAGAAUAAGCUUGCAAAGAAGUUCCAUGCUUUUCUAGCCUCAGAAGCUGUUAUCAAGCAGAUUCCCCGUCUUCUUGGACCUGGUCUUAACAAGGCAGGUAAGUUCCCAACUCUUGUUACUCAUCAAGAGUCAUUUGAGGCCAAGGUGAAUGAAACCAAGGCUAUGGUUAAGUUUCAAUUGAAGAAAGUCUUUUGUAUGGGUGUUGUUGUUGGUAACCUUGGUAUGGAGGAGAAGCAGAUCUUCCGGAACGUUCAGCUCAGUGUCAACUUUCUAGUAUCACUGUUGAAAAAGAAUUGGCAAAAUGAUGUGUACUCUAGGCGAUACCAAUUUUAGUGGCUUUCCGUACGGUACUCCUGUGAAAUAUCCGAUCUUGUGGCAUUCUGGUGCUAGAUUUAAUGUGCAAAGAGAAUCUGGCAUGAGUUCACACCUCAACAAAUUAGCUUCUGAAAAAAAUACAAGUACGAGUUUUGAUGAUGCAGAUUUGAACCCCACUCCUAUGAGAAGAUUUAGGAGUAUUAAUUCCUUCAAUUCACCCAGGAUAAAGGAGCUUGCUAGACAUUCAAGAGCCAAUAGUUCUGCAGAUAUCCGAGAAUGAGAAAUAGGCUAAAUGGGGAUUUUCCCUCUGAUGUUGAGAUUGUUGAACCUCAUGCCAGCAAUCCUGGGAGAAGCAUAAGAGUUAAGGAAUCAGGACAGGGGGAAACGGUGGCUGUGAGUGCAACUCAGUAGCUGGUGGGUGGAAUGAAGCGGAUGCGCUGCUGCUUGCAGAGGCUACAAAGCAAAAUUUUUGGGUCCCUGAAGAUAGAAAAUGAUAUUGGUCAAUGGACUUAAGUCUUUUCUACUCUAAUCAGGUAAUAGUGAUAUAUAACUGUUAGAGCACUAAUUUAUUUGAUUCUCAGCUGCUUGCAGAGGCUACAAAGCAAAAUUUUUGGGUCCCUGAAGAUAGAAAAUGAUAUUGGUCAAUGGACUAUAUUGAUAAAUUUGAUGCCCAAAAACAAUCAUUCCUGAGAGCAGCAACGAGAUUCCAGAGUGGGGAAAAGUCUAGGAACCUGCAAGAAAGCUGCCCACAAAUGUAGGAACCGGGAUUAGGAAAUGUGCAUACGAGGCGUUGGAUAAAGGUCCGCCAGAGUGGGCGAAGAAGAUAUUGCGACAUUCUAUUAGCAAGGGCGGCCUACAAAGGUGCUUUUCUUUUCGAGUGUAUUUCACGAAACUAUCUUCUUCGUAGCCUACAAAGGUGCUUUUCUUCGAGUGUAUUUCGCGAAAUUAUCUUCUUCAGUUUGCUUUUUCUUUUUAAUCGUCGAGCCUUCAGUUUUACUUCAUUUUUGCGGAGUUACAUAGAAGUUAAAUGAAAUCACCAAUUUAUUGUUUACAAAGAACGAAAACAUAGUCUGUUUUCUACCAUCCCUUAGCUGCUAGAAGAUUUCGAAUUUGAUCUAUUAAGUUAUCUUAAAACCAUACUAAUGUGUGUGGAAACCCAAGUCUUCUCAGUUGGCAAUUGUAGUAUAUAUUAUUGGCAAGGAGCUCCCUUUUGGCCAGCUUGAUUUUGACUGCAUCGAUCUUGUUUAUUGGAUAAGCAGAAAGCUAUUGUUUCGCUGUUGACACAUGUAGCUGAUAAAUGUAUUUACUAGUUGCUUUUACUUCUAUUAUUAUGUAUUCCUUGCGCUACUAUUACCGUGGUUACUCUGUAAUUGUGUUGUCUGGACAGUAUGAAGAUGACCUAGAUAAUUCUGACGAUGUUAUUUACACUGGACAAGGUGGGAUGAUUUGCUUGGCAAUAAAUGUCAAAUAGCUGACCAAGUAUUGAAACAUGACAAUUUGGCUCUCAAGAGCAUGGAUUUUGUUUAGAUGAUAUAGGUGUGACUUGUAUCACCACAGCCCAAGCUACUGCAAGCGUAAAGUUUCCUACAAACGCCCCGCUUGGUUGCAACUGCACAGGAGCUUGUAUUGAUUCAAGGAAGUGUGCCUGCGCAAAGCUUAUCCAUUGCUCAAAGUGGGCUUAGAUGAUGGUUUGGAGAUGUCUUUUACUGAUAAGCGACGAUUUUCCAAAGUGGGCUUGCUCAAAGAUCCAAUGUUGAAACCUCCGAUCUCCGAGCUUGGUCCAGAUGCGCUGCUGGAGCGAGCCUAUGACAACAGAUGAGUUCUUUCAGUUACUGAGAAAGAAGAAGAUUGCUAUUAAGCCUCUUUUAAUUGACCAGGUAAAGACCGCAUACAUAUAUUUUGAAUAUGAGAUCUGCUGAAAACUUCAAGUGGGAUUUUGCAAAAGACUUCUCAGAAUGUAACAGCAGAAGGUUAGGGUUUUCAUAGUUUCAAAUUCAGAAACUUGUGUUUAUAAUAUUUGGGAUUUUGCGUAAGUUGUUUAAUAUUGUAUAGGUUUAUGGUUCAUCUAGCUAUCUACUCUGUUGAUGUAUGAAUCGUUCUUGAUAUAUUGUGAUGUUUAAUAA